UCAACUUGUGAUUACUGGUUUAACAGUACUUACUGCACCAAAGACCUAGAUCUGCUCGCAUCGGAGAUUUGCUGGCUGGGGCGCCAUUCCUUGCUCAAGACAAUUGCAGCACACUGCAAACCAAUCAAAUCGGGUUGUAUCUUUGGGGUGAAGCCUGAAGGACUAGAGAGAUUUUCCAUAUCAUCACCUUCGCGCCGUACGACCACGAUCGGGGGAGACGGCGACCCCGUACUGAAUUUCCGCGUGGAGAGAGUUGCUAGGAACGUUAUUGGUAAAAGUUGGGAUUGAAUUGUAUGCAGGAUGCCUUCACGUUUAACUACUCCUGUUGUCACGGUGGACACGGCCAAAAUCCACAAGGUGGACACAGCCAAUGCGCAGAGUCUUCAUGGAAUGUGGAUGGUUUUCUCGAAAUGUGCAGAUUACAUGGAGGAAGGCCGUCGACUCGAAAACCUAAGUUGGAGACUAUGGACACGUGAGACUUUCUGCGUGGAGCCAGCGACGUCGAGCGAUGCCUCGGUUUUGCCACUCCUACGCCAGGAGACCCCGGACAUGCCAGAACUUUCUGCUAGUGUCGAAUCUGCUGCAUCUGACCAAGCGGAGAGAAUUGAACAUCACAUUAAGCGCCCCAAGUGUGAGAUUAAGCCCACCGUUGUUCGUGAGGAUUCUAUGGCAAGUCUCGGCCGUGGGAAAGAAAAACACAUUACAUCGCUGGGCCUCGAACGCAUGGUUAUGAGCAUUAAGGAGAAGAAGAAUCUUGAACCCAUCUCUACCGUAAUGGCUACGGUUUCGCCUCCCGUCGUUGAUAUCACACCUCGGCCGUCUACACCAACCCCUACCCCUCCUUCUGAGUCAACUGUGAAGCGAGCACCCUCACCGCCACCGUCAUAUCCUGCCAUUCAACAACCGAACCACUCUACCGAGUCUUGUUCCACUACUGCGCCGGAUUGCAAUGACAGUGAUGCUGCUAACGCGAAUGCUUCUGAUACGAGCGUGUCUUCUUCAGAAAUUCUUCCAUCUCGGCCUGGGUUGAUCAAAUCUCCGAGCAUUGUCCGUGGAUUCUCUCCUUCUAUCAUCUCCUCAUCUUAUCGGUCGCAGCCUAGAAUGACGGCCGAGCCCAGUCCCGCAAAGAGCUCCACUCAACUCAAGCCGACGCCUUUCAAGAAGAAGGGUGGAAUGUUUACGCUUGGUGGUUCUUCAGGUGAUGACGAUGAGAGCUCCUUUGAAGAACGCAUGGUUUUGCGCGGCCCCCAUCGCAGUUCCCUCUCCGAUGAGCUGUCGAGGUCGGCGACCGGCGAAUCUAUUCCUAAAAAGAAGGUGACUUCAUUUAAGGAACAAGAUGACACUAUAAAGCCCGUCAAAGAACGCCCUGUUAAUGAUGAGGAUGCUAUCGAGACCGAGGACGACGAGGUUGAUGAGAGUGCUAUUGAGGAUGAGGAUUCUGACUGGGAAGAUUCUAUUACGGAGAGCGGACGCUCGAGUCCCGAGGAGAGAGAAAUGUUCCAGCGGGUUGAUUCAAAGCCUAACCUCGUCUCACGACGCUCCAUGUUGACGAUGAUGAUGCACCAACCAACUAAAAUGGGGGCCCCAACCCGCUCUACCCCGGCCCUGCAGCGGUCGCGUAUGACAUCACCUAACGGCCCAUCGUCCCCGCCCGAUGAUGAGGAUAACCUGACAAUGCGUGGCCCUGGUGUCCCUCGAUCGAAGCCAAUAGUCAUGAAGGCUACUCCGCAGUCGGUCGCUCAUUCACCGAGGACCACGCGACGAAACAUGCUUGCCACUGAACUGACGGAGUCCCUCCGGCGUCAUUUACUAUGGGAACGACAACAGAAGAGUGCGACCGCCAAUGCCUUCCUCAAGCGGAGACACACUGCACAUGAUAUGGCGAAUUUGCAGGAGUAUCCCAAUCCUAAAGGCGCACAAAACGCCCAGGGCGUUGGUAUGGCUAAUCCGGGCGCGGCCAAUCAGAACAAAGAAAAGGAUAUGGCGAAGACUGCUUCCUUCAAUCAAUACACUGAUUUCGGGCCAUGGGAGUACCACGCGAAGGGUUGGUAAAGAGAUCAUGACGAUCGCAACUUGGAACGACAGUCACUAUCGAUGUUAACUCAAAAAAUUCGCUUGCUUUCUACUUCAUUUCUCUGCCUCAAGUUUUGUUAUCUGUGUCAUGACAUAUCCUCCGGUGGAUGGGUAAUGUUUAUUGACUAUGAUACCCCCAACUUCAACGCGUUUCUUUAUCGUCUAUGUAAAGCCGCCGAUUGAAUAUCCCUGUGACACGUACGAUCACGACUCUGCAUUGCAUUUUGGCGCAGCUAUGGAUUAUAUGUUGUUAUUU